GCCUAAACGAGUACUCAUUCCCAUUGUCUCCACAUUUGCGCCAAAAACACCAAAAUCUUGACGUUGAUGCUGGCUUAGAAAGCAAUUCCACCAAUCCCAUGCCGAAGUGUUCUCAACAGACACCUUUUGCCCUUCUGUACGACGCACGCAGAACUCACGUUGGAAAUCAUGGAUCGUAACAAGAAGGGCCAGGAUCUGAUGGCCCGCCACAAUCUCUGCAUCAAGGAGAUCCUCGACCGAUUCCUCAAAAUGAUGCUAGCCGCCACCGACGAGCUACCCCAUGAGGCUACCAUUGAGUCGGCCAUGCUGAAUAGCAUGAAGAUGGAGUCGGAGACUGCUGCUUUGAUCAAUGAAAUCCAGAAUCUCCUCAUGAUUUCCCGCGAGAUCAAGGCCCUCUGGAUCCGCGGCCCUCUCAACCCGCCCAGCGAGCACACGGAACAGGAGAAGGAGCUCGACGUCCAGGCUGAGAUGGUCCAGGGUCUGUACAACCAGGCCAUUAUCAUUCAGCAGAGGCGAACCAAGGCGCAUGCUGUGGCUGUGGCGAAGGGUCUGGCGGGAGAUAAAACGAAGUAGGGGGCUGUUGGUGUUGACGCCGUCAACGGAGGAGCUAUAUAAGUUUAGGUGGUUUGAGUCGUUCUUGUCUAAUGAUAUACAGGCAGAUAGCAACAGAAUGACCAAUGGACUGUUCUACA